AUUAUUCAUGUCAAUGAUUUGAUCGCAGGUCCAGACAAGGUGAUGGGAGAGGUUGCCUACCAACUGGAUAGGAGAAUUCUGUCCCACAUCUUUCAGAGCCGCAAGAGGCUUUAUGGUUUCACACUGCUCAAUAUCCCAGGGAAAAUAAAAGAGGUCAGAAUGGAAGACUUCUAUUUGUGUAUCUAUCAAAACAACUGGUUGAGUGAAUUUGCAUAUAUGAAUCAGAAGGAAGUCAAGGCUCUUCUUCUUGUCUUGCAGGUAUCAACACACCCACUGACAGGAAAGGUAGAUGAGGGCUAUAAACUGCAUCUCAUUCAGAGGCACGCUGACCUCAUGAAGAAGUUGAACAAGGUCGGGUAUAAAACAGAACUUCACCCUUGCUUCUCUGAAUUGAUUGUCAACCACUAUGGGAUCCUGAAGGAGAGGCCGCGUGAAAGCAGCGACCAGGAAACUGUCUACAAUAAUCCCAAUUUUCUGAUGAAACUGAUAAUGACCAAAGCACCAAGAGAGCUUAAGGUGGACCUGCUGGUUCUGCUCAACUGCCUCUGCACUAUGGCUCACGGGGAUGGAAAGGCACUCUUUCUCUGGUAGACUUCACUUUCCAAAGAAGGGUACAGCUUACCAUCCAAAAAUUAAACUCUUAUAAAUAAUAAGACACAAUAUGUUGUAUGGCUAUGAUGUUGUGCACACACAAAACACUGACAUUCUAGAUCGUGAAGAAAAAGUCUAUUAAACAUUGAUGCCUGCUAAAGGAUGUAUUGAAUGUCACGGUGCUAACCUGAUUAUCAAAUGUAAUUGUCAUUAGCUUUAUGGGUAAUGUGAGCUGCAAUGGAGAGGCCUGAAACCAAGCUAUUCUGCAUUUGGAAAUAUAAUGUUUAGUUGACAACUGAUGAGUCAAGGGUUGGACACAUAUCUUUUUAGGGGACAAAGCAUAAUGACAUUCAUUCCUUUUCUUCGUCUACAGCAUCUAAUUGUUUUAGAAAGUGAAAUAAUCAUUAAUUCUGCAGUUACAUAUUGCUAUACAUUCUGAUAUACUGCACAUUUUUAAAUCUCAGAGUAAAGCCCUUCAAUUGCUUACUUAUUGUAAACAUGUUUUGUACUUAAAUUAAUAAUUAUAAAAUACCCUUGAAAAUAGCUUUUUUUAGAACUUAAAUGCUCUUAUUUUGUUUAUAGGCCUAUGCAGACCAAAUCAAGUUGUAUGCUCAAUUUUGUGUGCAACACUGGUGACUGUCCAGAAGUCAUGGCAUUUUUAGUUUGAAAGUUAUGAAUGAAAGAAAUAUUCAUAGUUUGUAAGAGGGGUGGGAGAAGUACUCAGAUCUUGUACUUGAGUAGAAAAACCAGAGUGUAAAAAUACUCUGU